UCACAUGAUCUUCAAAAUGGAGACGCCAAUGUUGACAAAACAAAGGAAGAAUGUUUAAUUUCAGUCCUAAUAAGUUAUAUAAAAUGACAAUGAGUAGAGAAUAAGAUUUUCCUGAUAGGAAAAUAAUUUCAAACGACAAAAUGAUGCAUAUGAUGCCAGAAUAUUUCUCUACAAAACUCUCCAUUGAGCAUUUCUUAUUUAAAAGUAUAUCAGUGAAGACCAAAAAUGAUUUGUUUUAUGUCUGUAUUAUAGUAGGGCUAGCGACAUUAUGUUUCGAAGGAUUAAGAGUACUGUUUCUGUAUCUAGAAAGUCGAGUUAGACAACAUCCUCUUACAUAUGGUCAAACAGAUGGACACAGUCAGGAUAAAGCUCCUCUUUUUUCUUCACUUUCCAUUCCAUCUUCUAUAGAAAGCAUCAGAAAAAGGAGAUUGAAGUACCACUGUUUAGCAUUCAUUACACAUAUUAUUAAUGUUAUCCUGGGAUUUCUCAUUAUGUUAGCUGUUAUGUCCUAUAAUGUAUGGAUUGGAGUAUCUGUGUUAUCUGGAGCUGGAUUAGGACAUUUUCUGUUUGGUGCCAUGAAGAACAGACUUCAUUUAAAGUAUCCAACAAUAGCACCAGCUGUUAGGAGCAAUAGUUCAGUACAAAUAAACACUUUAACAGAGACACCAGAAUCUGAUGUUAUAAUGUAGUGAUCUUGUCUAUCUUUUUGCUUUUAUUGUAAUCUAGUCACUUGAUCAUAUAUUUUCCCUCCAUUCUAAAGGAGGGGACAUACUGCUAUAUUUCUAAUGAGAUAAAAAUCAUGCAAUCUGAUUAGUAAAAUAUCUUGAUACAAUUAACCCCUCACCAUGCCAUAACUAUUAACCCCAGAGGAUGAAUUAAAAUGCAUUCAAUAGAAAGCACAAAUAAUCAGGCCUCUCUAUGAAGGGUGAAAAAGGCAUAUAGGUUUUGGCAAAGGGGUAGGUCCAGUAAGACCCCUUUUUGGUCCCAAAAUAUAGCAGUUUUACAAAAUUGUUAAAAUGUAAACUUUCAGUUAUUUAUUGGACAGUAGAAUGCUUCUGUUACAUAAAAAUGGGCUGUUUUUGACAAUACAAUGCAUAUAUAUGGGGUACUAGCACCAUUAAGUCAUGCUAAAUUACUAAAAUCUUCACAAUUCUAGCAUUUUAGAUAAAUUUUAGACAGUUUUCGUGUAAAAUGAAAGUGGCCGCAUUGGUUUUUAUCCUUAAUAUUGAAAUGAAAGUUGUAUUUUAUGAUAAUACAUAACAUAUAUAAAGGUUGAGGAUGAGCACAGAUGCAGCCACUUUCGUUUUUAACAAAAAACAUCUGAAAAGUGACAUUUUUUGGCAUAUUUGGUAGAUUUUUCUUAUUUAAGCUUGAAUCGGAUCGUUUUUAAUGACUAAAUCAGUUAAAAUGUUUUACAUAAACUAAUUGAUUCAAAUGAAAUAGACACUAAAAUGUUUUAAAAAGGGUCAAAAUCUUUCGUCAGAUGAACCUGAAAUUUGAGGCCAAAAUCGGCCCUUACCGGACCUACUCCUUUUAUGCUUUAUACCCUUUGUGUUAAAAUAUGGAUUGGAAGAACAAGUUCUAUUUAACGCCCCAGUUUGAAAAUGAAUAAAGGAAUCUGUUUAACUGUUAUCUUGGCGAAUUUAUGGGUAUACAAAGUUUUACACCCAUGUUAAGUUCCACACACCCCUCAAUUAUUACACCAAGAUUACUUACAAUACUCUCUGCCUGUCAGCCUAUCACAAUCCUCCUGAAAUUUUACAUUAAGUUUCAUGUGAGGUAAUUUGUUUUGUGUAAUUAACUUCAAUAGUUUUUAAACAAAUGAUUCAAAUACUCAUAAUUGUGAACAUUAUUUAUGCACAUAUUUUAGUUGUGUGCCACCCAUGUAUGAAGAAAUACUCCCAUAUUUUAACACUUGUUUUUUUGUGGUCAUUUUCUUAAAGAAAAAGAAAUGAAAGUAGUAUUCAAACCCUCUAUAUUUAACUUUGAAUCAGAUUAUAAGAUAUUGAAAUGCAUUUAUUGGUUGAUUACUUGUAUCAGUAACAAUCCAAUCGAGCGCAAAACAUUUCAGUUAUAAUCAUUUUUUUUGUAUUAAUUUUUUUUUUGGUGUUGGGUUAGUUGGAAGUUUUCCACAAUAACAAGGAUUGUUUCUUUAGCUGUUAUUAACAGUUAUGCUCUCUCAUAUAUGAAGAUUAUCAUUUUUAUGUCUCUGAAUUUAUUAAUGUGUGCAUGAUCAGAACAUUUACACAAUACCAUUAACAAUUAAAUGCAGGUUGUCAAAGGUUGAUUUUGAUAGUUCAAUUUUAGAGUUAUGCCACUUUCUAUUAGCUUUCACUGGUUAGAAUUUUGAUACAUGUCACGGUCAUGACGGUAAGUAAAAGACAAUUUAUUUGCUUUUUUUAAUCAAAAUGUUUAAAUAAUAAUUUUAAUGCAAAUGACUGUAAAUAAGAAUGAUGUGGUAUUGACAACUUUGCAUUGCUUUUUAUGUAUCAUUCAAGUGUAUAAGAUUAAUGUUGAUGUAUAUUUUACUUAAUUUAUUUAUUGCUAAGUUUGAAGAUAAGCUCUUUAUAAAAAUAAACUAACACUUUAUCUUUUAUUAAAAUUUAGUGUUGACUUUGCCUUAAUGAGCUAUAUGAGUUUAAGCCAUAUGUGGUGUAUAUUGCUCUGACAGUUAGCUAACAUGGUCAAUUCUACAUUGUAAAUAACCUGUUUUCUAGAUUAAUCUUAGAAAUGACAUUUUCAACAAUAUAUAUGCUCCAUUAAAUUGAAAAGGAAGAGGGUGCUGUCAAUGUGGU